CUGAUGAAGAUUUGCUUUCCUUUUCAGUAAGUGUGGACGUCUGUGUAAGUGUGAGAGAAUUAUGGUGGCGUUUAAAGGAGUCUGGACUCAGCCCUUCUGGAAAGCCGUUUCGGCAGAAUUUUUGGCCAUGCUCAUUUUUGUCCUCCUCAGCCUCGGCUCCACGAUCAACUGGGGUGGAGCAGAGAAGCCUUUGCCUGUAGACAUGGUCCUAAUCUCCCUGUGCUUUGGACUGAGCAUUGCCACCAUGGUGCAGUGCUUCGGGCACAUCAGCGGAGGCCACAUCAACCCUGCUGUGACGGUGGCGAUGGUGUGCACGAGGAAGAUCAGCCUGGCCAAGUCCGUCUUCUACAUCCUCGCCCAGUGCCUGGGGGCCAUCGUGGGCGCGGGCAUCCUUUACCUUGUCACACCUCCCGGCGUGGUGGGAGGCCUGGGAGUCACCGCGGUACACAGAGAUCUUUCUGCUGGGCAUGGACUCCUGGUGGAAUUGAUAAUUACAUUCCAGCUGGUUUUUACUAUUUUUGCUAGCUGUGAUUCAAAACGAAGUGAUGUCACUGGUUCAGUAGCUUUAGCAAUUGGAUUUUCUGUUGCAAUUGGACAUUUAUUUGCUAUCAAUUACACCGGUGCCAGUAUGAACCCAGCUCGAUCGUUUGGACCUGCUGUCAUUAUGGGCAGAUGGGAAAACCAAUGGGUGUACUGGGUGGGACCAAUAAUUGGAGCAGUCCUUGCUGGUGCUCUGUACGAGUACGUCUAUUGCCCAGACGUUGAGCUCAAGCGCCGCUUCAAAGACGUCUUUGGUAAGGCUACCCAGCCUUCCAAGGGCAAGUACAUCGAGGUGGACGACAACAGGAGCCACGUGGAGACUGAUGACCUGAUCCUGAAGCCUGGCAUAGUUCACGUGAUUGAUAUCGACAGGGGUGAGGACAAGAAGGGAAGGGAUCCAUCCAGCGAGGUGUUGUCUUCUGUAUGACUAGCAAGAAGCACUGAAAGCAGAGAGCAGCCUGCUAGCACUUCCACAGAUAUCCUUCUACCCAUUAAAGAAACAGACCUUCUGUAGAGUGAGCACCUUCCACUUCUUGAAAGGUAUGAUGUGGGCAGCUGCAUGGAAUGGUGUCACCAAACCAUACACCUGCUCAGUUGGAAGAUUAGGACUUUGCUGUAAUUAGGAUUCCCCAUCUAUUAUUCCAAAUUUAGACUUGUUCUUAGUAUUUUCCUUUCCUUCUUUCUGGAGCAACCACAAAGUCAAAAAAAGAGAUGAAAGCAUUCUCCUUUAGUAAAUCAGUCAAUAAUGGGAUAGAGAUGUGUGACAUUCAGAUUGACAGUUAAGACAUAUCAGGAAAUGCCUAUAGACAUGAAGACCUACUUAUCAGAUUGUUCUUCUGACACUUAAUUGGCUGUUGUCAGCUCCAAUUAUAACAUCUUACCCAUUAAACGUUCUCUGCGAGGUUCAGAGACAGCACCAGCACUAUUUAAGAGUUUUAUCCACAGUCAAGCAAAGGAAUAUUGUUUCCACUCAUGUACAUCACUAUUGCCUUGGAAACUACCUCUGAAAAAAUGAUGCUUUAACAGGCCUUUAAAAACAAUUCUAUCAACCCAUCAAAUUUCACUCAUGUGAUUCACCAUAUAAAUACAUUACCUUCAUCCCCAAGAGUAAAUAUACUGAAAUGGAAUGUUGAAGGGUAUGGGAAUAAGGCUGCAAAGCAGUUGAUUGUACUUCAUGCUCCCUCUUGCCAUUGUCUAUCUGGUGAAACAUUCUCCUGGGGUUUGACUAUUGACCAUUUAGUGUUAGCAGACUCUCAAGGUCAUGCAAAGAGUAAAAAGGCUUUCCUGUUACUUAAUAACUUAAAUAAGAGAUAUCAGAAGAAAAGAAGGCAUAUCUGUUUUCAGUGCACUUGUUUGAGUACACAUUUCUGUGCUAAUUUAUGUAAACUAAAGAUUUAAAUUACUUACCUAUUUUCUUACAAGAUGGUUGGAGAUAGUGUUUUUUUAAUUUAUUAGUAAUGCAGAGGGGUUUGAACUUUUAACUGUAUUGAGACACUGAUUGGGAAAUAUUUUUUUAUAACAGAUGAUAAAAAUAUGACUGCUUCUGGCUUUUUGUUGCAACUGAUGCCUAACUAUUUGAACAGGUUCCCUGCUUGUUCCAGUGUUCCUAUAGUCAUAAACUACACCUCUGGCAAAGGUUUCUUUAUCUAUUGUAAGAAAAAGGUUUGUGUGCUUGCAGGGCUUUUUAGGGGGAAAAGGACAUGAAAUAUGUUUGGUAAACAGUCUUUCCCCUAUAGAGGUUUUUGCCAGACAUAAUCACCUCAGCAGAACAUUUCUGUAAAGCUGUUACUUACUUACUGCUUUUGUUUCUGAUCAGUGGCUUUGAGUUUUACAAUAUGCAGCUGCAGAGCAGUCAGGAGUAUGGUAUUAUUACUGUAAUAAUGUUGUUUUUAUUUUUAAAUUGAAAAGCUACCCCUGCUUAUUUAGCAACAAGAGAGGAAAAAAAGUAUUAGUCCUGACUGUGGGCUGUAUUAGCCUCAUCUGUUCUUUGACAUACUCUACAUGCAGUCUUUAUUACAGGGAAUUAGAUGUUUCUAAUGAGAUAAUAAACCACUACAACCCUCAAAUCUGUGCACUAUGAUCCAAGGGCAAUUCUAGUAUCCCAGCUUGCAGCCUUGUAUAGUCCCAGCGCAUCCUUUUUCAAGUUUCACAUUUUUCUUGUCUUAAACCCUGUUAGUGUGGUGCAGGUUCCCUGCACUGAGCAUGAGAUUCAUGACUCCUUCACGCAUUUGCAGUUGAGCAUGGCUGGGGACCUGCAAUGGACAAUGUCAAAUUGCAGAUAAGAGCUCCUUCCCACAGCAAGGACUAAGUCUCUAAGGGAAGGGCAGCACAGGUGUGGUGUUGGAGCUCUGCUCAGAAUGGAUAAAUACCAAGAUGAAGAGAUUCGCUGAGAAAGAUCUAAACUUUUUGGGGGAUUUGUCUAGGCAUUUAGUUGGGCACUUUUUUUAUAUAGUUCCAAUCUGCAUUUGUUAAAGGGAUAUUUUGGUUAAACCUUUUGCAUGGCUUAAAAAGGUAAAGAGUAAUAUACAUAGAAUUGGUGGAUUUUUAAGCAAAGGUUU